AUGGAUGCAGGGCCCCAAGGACUUGGACCAUCUUUUACUGCUUUCCCAGGCCAUAGGAGUGAGCUGGAUCGGAAGUGGAGUGGAGGGGACUCGAACUGGUGCCUCUAUGGGAUGCCAACAUUGUUCUUUAAAAGUGAUUGAAGAGAACAAUUCAAAAUGCCUGAAAAUCCUGCUACAGAUAAACUGCAGGUCCUGCAGGUCCUUGAUCGCCUGAAAAUGAAAUUGCAGGAGAAGGGUGACACGUCUCAGAAUGAGAAGUUAUCUAUGUUUUGUGAGACACUAAGGAGCCCUCUCUUCAACCAGAUCCUCACACUUCAGCAGUCCAUCAAGCAACUGAAGGGACAACUCAGCCAUUUACCCUCAGAUUGUUCAGCCAACUUUGAUUUUUCCAGGAAAGGCUUGUUGGUAUUCACUGAUAGCUCCAUUGCUAAUGGGAAUGUCCAUAGGCCCUCUAAUAAUUUGACUGUUUCUGGGUUACUUCCUUGGACUACAAAGCUGGGAAAUGAAGACUUCAACUCUAUCAUUCAACAGAUGGCUCAGGGUCGGCAGAUUGAAUAUAUUGAUAUAGAACGGCCUUCAACCGGAGGUCUUGGAUUCAGUGUGGUGGCCCUUAGAAGUCACAAUAUGGCAGAAGUGGACAUCUUUGUGAAGGAAGUACAGCCAGGGAGUAUAGCAGACAGGGAUCAAAGAUUAAAGGAAAAUGACCAAAUAUUGGCCAUUAAUCACACACCGCUGGAUCAGAACAUUUCCCACCAGCAAGCAAUUGCAUUAUUACAGCAAACCACUGGAUCUUUGCGGUUGGUUGUGGCCAGGGACCCAGUCCACAGAAAAAGCAGUACUUCUACAAGCUUAUCUGACACAACUCUGCCUGAAACAGUUUGUUGGGGCCACAUUGAAGAUGUUGAACUCAUUAAUGAUGGCUCUGGAUUAGGUUUCGGAAUAGUUGGAGGAAAAUCAAGUGGCGUGGUUGUGAGGACUAUAGUUCCUGGAGGAUUAGCAGAUCGAGAUGGAAGACUCCAGACAGGGGAUCAUAUCUUGAAGAUUGGUGGCACAAACGUGCAGGGAAUGACCAGUGAGCAGGUUGCACAAGUGCUAAGAAACUGUGGGAAUUCAGUCAGGAUGCUUGUGGCAAGAGACCCAGUUGGUGAAGUUUCAGUGACCCCUCCUGCCCCUACAGCCUUACCUGUUGCUCUGCCUGCUGUAGCCAACACAAGCCCUGGUUCUGACAAUUCUCCUUUUGAAACAUACAAUGUUGAACUUGUUAAGAAAGAUGGACAGAGUCUUGGGAUUAGAAUUGUUGGCUAUGUUGGAACAUCUCAUUCAGGGGAAGCUGCAGGUAUCUAUGUGAAAAGUUUAAUACCUGGCAGUGCUGCCUACCACAAUGGCCACAUUCAAGUGAAUGACAAGAUAGUUGCUGUUAAUGGGGUGAAUAUUCAGGGUUUUGACAACCAGGAUGUUGUUGAAGUGUUACGAAAUGCAGGGCAGGUGGUACACCUAACCCUAGCUCGAAGGAAGACAUCCUCAUCUGGUUAUCAGCUUGAACUCCCUUCAGACAGAGGAAAUGUUGUAGAACCACCAAAAACACCAGCUCUCUUUCUAACUGGAGCAGUGGAAACAGAAACUAAUUUGGAUGAUGAAGAUGAGGAAACUGAAGAAAAAACGGAUAAUCUAAAAAAUGACAACAUGCAAGCUUUAGAAAAAUUGGAAAGAGUCACGGACUCUCCAGAAAAUAAGCUGAAAUCCAGAUGGGAAAACCUCCUAGGCCCUGAUUAUGAAGUAAUGGUUGUGACAUUGAAUACACAGAUUGCAGAUGAUGCUGAGUUACAAAAGUAUUCCAAGCUGCUGCCUAUUCACACUCUGAGGCUUGGCGUGGAAGUGGAUUCCUUUGAUGGGCACCACUACAUCUCUUCAAUUGCUCCUGGUGGUCCUGUAGAUACCCUGAGCCUCUUACAGCCAGAGGAUGAGCUUCUUGAGGUCAAUGGUGUGCAGCUCUAUGGAAAAUCUCGCCGAGAAGCAGUCUCCUUUCUUAAAGAAGUGCCACCUCCUUUUACCCUGGUUUGCUGUCGACGAUUGUUUGAUGAUGAGGCCUCUGUGGAUGAACCGAGGACCACUGAACCUUCCCUUCCUGAGAUGGAGGUUGACCACAAUAUAGAUGUCAACACUGAAGAAGAUGAUGGUGAAUUAGCUCUCUGGUCUCCUGAAAUCAAGAUUGUGGAGCUAUUAAAAGAUCAUAAAGGUUUGGGAUUCAGCAUUUUGGAUUACCAGGACCCUUUGGAUCCCACAAGAUCGGUGAUUGUGAUCCGCUCCCUGGUAGCAGAUGGUGUCGCAGAAAGAAGUGGAGAACUAUUGCCUGGAGACCGCCUGGUUUCAGUCAAUGAGUACUGUUUGGACAACACCACACUUGCCGAAGCUGUAGAAGUGUUGAAAGCUGUGCCACCGGGCACUGUACGUCUUGGCAUCUGUAAGCCUUUGGUGGAAGAUGAUAAAGAAGAAAGUUGUUACACUUUACAUUCAAGCAAUAAUGAAGAUAAGACUGAGCCUUCAGAAACAAUUCAUGAUAUAAAUUCAUCUUUAAUACUUGAAGCACCCCAGGAAUUUAGAGAUGAGCCAUAUUUUAAAGAAGAACUUGUGGAUGAGCCGUUUAUAGAUUUGGGAAAGUCUUUCCAGUCCCAACAAAAAGAAAUAGACCACGACAAGGAGGCCUGGGAAAUGCAUGAAUUUCUGACUCCUAGAUUGCAGGAUGUGGGUGAAGAAAGAGAAAUGCUUGUUGAUGAAGAAUAUGAGCUAUAUCAAGAUCACCUUCAGUCCAUGGGCUUGUAUUCCUCAUCACACCUUCAGGAGGCGACUCCUGUGCCCUCCAUGGAUGAACUUCACUUUGGUACCCACUUUGGUACACAGUGGCACUGCAGUGACCCAGCCGAGUCUCAAGAAGCAAGACUGGCCAGGAGUAUGUAUUCCCAGGAGAUACAGCCGUAUGGCUGUGGCACAGAAAGCAUGAUGAAGGACAGUUUUGGACUGGAUCCCCUACCAUCCGUAUCCUCAACUGAAGGAAACAGCCAACAAGGUAGAUUUGACAACCUGGAGGAUCUUAACUCCUUGGCAGAAAGCAGUCUGGAUUUAGGAAUGGUGCUUCCAAAUGAGGUCCAAGGUCCUGGCCUGCUAGUUGAUGUUCCUUCUGCGGCUCAGAGCAGGGAGGAAGAAGAUUUGCCUUUAUACCAACUCCCCAGGACCCGAAUCAUUUCAAAGGCCUCAGCACACACAGGAAUGUUAUCAUCUAGAUACAUCGCUGAUGCAUGUGAGUUACCUGAAAGAGAAGAAGGUGAAGGAGAAGAAACUCCAAACUUCAGCCACUGGGGUCCACCGAGAAUUGUUGAAAUUUUUAGAGAACCCAAUGUGUCUCUUGGCAUCAGUAUUGUUGGUGGACAGACUGUGAUAAAACGCCUGAAGAAUGGAGAGGAGCUUAAAGGUAUAUUCAUCAAACAAGUCUUAGAAGACAGCCCAGCAGGAAAAACCAAUGCACUGAAAACUGGAGACAAAAUAUUAGAGGUGUCCGGCAUAGAUUUGCAGAAUGCUUCACAUGGGGAAGCAGUUGAGGCCAUUAAGAAUGCAGGAAACCCGGUGGUGUUCGUUGUUCAGAGCUUGUCAUCCACACCAAGAGUCAUUCCUAAUGUGCAGAACAAGGUCUCCAAAGCCACCAAAAGCCAGGACCAAGACAUACAAGAACAAAAAGAAAAGAGACAAGGAACUGCUCCGCCUCCAAUGAAACUGCCUCCUCCCUAUAGCGCUCCAUCUGAGGACAGCGAGGAGAGUGAAGGAGAACAUGCAUUUACUGACGAAAAAAUCAAGCAAAGAUAUGCAGACCUGCCUGGAGAACUGCAUAUUAUUGAACUUGAAAAGGAUAAGAAUGGACUGGGACUCAGCCUUGCUGGUAAUAAAGACAGGUCUCGCAUGAGCAUAUUCGUGGUGGGAAUUAACCCAGAAGGACCUGCUGCAACUGAUGGACGGAUGUGCAUUGGAGAUGAACUCUUAGAGAUAAACAAUCAGAUCCUGUAUGGAAGAAGUCACCAAAAUGCCUCUGCCAUUAUUAAGACUGCCCCAUCAAAGGUCAAGCUGGUUUUUAUCAGAAAUGAAGAUGCAGUCAAUCAGAUGGCUGUUGCUCCCUUCCCAGUACCAUCAAGUUCCCCAUCAUCUACUGAGGAUCAGAGUGGCCCGGAACCUGUUAGUGGGGAGGAAGAUGGCGGCCUUGAAGUCGGUGUUAAACCAUUGCCUGCAAGUGAAAACCCAAAGCUGGAAGAUGCAUCGCAGGUGGUUGGUCAAGGCAUGAUGACGGAUCAGCAGAAGGCACUGGAGUGCCCAACUGACAAUGUUGUCAGCCAGAUGAAACAACAAACAUACUCAACAAAAGUCUCCUUCAGUUCACAAGAGAUGCCAGUAGCACCAGCUCCUCCGUACCAUGCGGCAGACUCAGACUUCACAGGCUGCGGUGGCUUCCAGGCUCCUCUGUCAGUGGACCCUGCAACGUGUCCCAUUGUCCCUGGCCAGGAAAUGAUUAUAGAAAUAUCCAAAGGACGUUCAGGGCUUGGUCUCAGCAUCGUGGGAGGAAAAGACACACCCUUGGAUGCAAUAGUUAUACAUGAAGUCUAUGAAGAAGGAGCAGCAGCCAGAGAUGGGAGGCUUUGGGCUGGUGACCAGAUAUUAGAGGUCAACGGGGUGGACCUGAGGAGCUGCAGCCACGAAGAAGCCAUCACGGCCCUGAGGCAGACCCCGCAGAAGGUGCGGCUGGUGGUGUACAGGGACGAGGCGCACUACAGGGACGAGGAGAACUUAGAUAUCUUCCCCGUGGACCUGCAGAAGAAGGCUGGCCGCGGCCUGGGCCUGAGCAUUGUGGGAAAACGAAAUGGAAGCGGAGUGUUUAUUUCCGACAUCGUGAAAGGAGGCGCUGCAGACCUGGAUGGGAGAUUGAUUCAGGGAGAUCAGAUCUUAUCUGUGAAUGGGGAUGACAUGAGGAGCGCCUCCCAGGAGACGGUGGCCACUGUCCUCAAGUGCGCACAGGGGCUUGUGCAGCUAGAGAUCGGAAGACUGCGAGCUGGGUCCUGGGCCGCCUCCAGGAAGACAUCGCACAACAGUCAGGGUCACCACAGCAGCAGUCGUCCUUCGCUGGCUCCCGUCAUCAGUGGCCUGCAAAGCCUGGUUGGCACAAAACGAUCUUCCGAGUCGUCCCAGAAAAGUUCAGGCACAGAAGUGGGACCAAGGACGGUGGAGAUAAUCAGGGAGCUCAAUGAUGCUCUUGGAAUCAGCAUUGCUGGAGGAAAAGGAAGUCCCUUAGGAGAUAUCCCAAUAUUUAUUGCCAUGAUUCAAGCCAGUGGAGUGGCUGCACGUACACAGAAGCUUAAAGUUGGAGAUCGGAUUGUCAGCAUUAAUGGGCAACCUUUGGAUGGGCUGUCUCACGCGGACGUGGUUAAUCUGCUGAAGAACGCCUACGGGCGCAUUAUCCUGCAGGUUGUGGCAGAUACCAAUAUAAGUGCCAUAGCCACUCAGCUUGAAAGCAUGUCUGCAGGCUACCACCUUGGCUCGCCCACCGCCGAGUGCCAUCUGGAAGACGCAGAAACACCUCCACCUAAGAUUAUUACUUUGGAGAAAGGCUCUGAAGGAUUGGGGUUUAGUAUUGUAGGGGGUUAUGGAAGUCCCCAUGGAGACCUGCCAAUUUAUGUCAAGACUAUAUUUGCAAAGGGAGCAGCUGCAGAUGAUGGCCGGUUAAAGCGAGGUGAUCAGAUUUUAGCCGUUAACGGCGAGACCCUGGAAGGUGUUACUCACGAGCAAGCUGUCGCCAUCCUAAAACACCAGACAGGGGCUGUAACUUUGACCGUGCUGUCGUGAGCUUCAAGCCCUGAUCACGAGAUAGAUGGUGUUGUUUAGAACAUCCAUUGGUCUGCUGUUUCUUUUUGGGAGAGAAGAAGACAAAGAAUAUCCAUAAGAAGAUACAGUUCUGGGUGGGGAUGAAAAGCAAUCUCAGUACCGCACCUUCAUUCUUCGUUCUUCACGCCUCAUGCUCUCUGCUCGGGAGAGAUGGCUGAGGCUGCCGGUGAACCCCUCGAAUGUGCAGUCAUCCACCAAGUGUUCCCCAUCUUCUGUCACCUCUUGGUGAGGUUAACUUUCUAAAACUUGAAUGAGUAUUUGUUUUGCAUUUAACAUCGAUGUUUGCCAACUGGUAAUAACUGGUUCUGAUUGUAUUUGCUAAAACUAGAGUUAACAACCUCUCGUUCCUUACAGCUCCCCUCCCCAUCCCCUAAUUAUGCAGAGGCUUAACAGCAACCUCAGAUCUCAUCCAGUAAACGAAAACAAAUGUUAAGCAACUUGUCAUCUCACUCAUGAUUUACUUAUGCUAAUUGUCUCUUCAAGUAAGCCAGAAAGCAUUAGCAGUGUAAUUAACUUCCCAGUGAUUCCCAUGAUGGAAUCCCAUAUUCUCCUAUGGGAAAUUACUGUGUUCCUCUCUGUAUGACUUAUAGUCAAAUAAGUCUCAACUUCAUUUCUCUGGCUAGAUCUGCGUAUGGUAGUCAUUGGUGACUGUGAUGAGUCAAUUUGCAGGCUGUAAUCUUCUCAGAAUCCCGAGAAGGCUUUCUAAUUGUUUUCUGAGCUACAGAAAUGAAUACCCCUGAGCAAAUGCACCUUAUUCUCAAGAACAAUUCUGAUAUUGCUAACCCAUGCCAAGUUCAGGAAGUUCGUGUAGAGUUAAUGGCAUCUCUGCGGGCAGGCGUCAUUGUCACCUCAGUCUUAGGUGAGGAGGUGGAAGCCCCAGAACCACCAUGCAGAGAUCAGAGGUGGCUGUGGCCUUGGGCACAGCAGAGUGACACAAUGAUCCUCCCCCUCCCUCUAGCAAGUGAGGACAGCUGCACAGGCCACAGUGUAAAAAUGCCUGGGUGAUGUUUUCAGGUCUCCAUGCUACAGUGGAAAAUAGAAGACUACCUUUUAGAGUUGUAGGAGGAAAACACCUUUAACGCUGAUUAUGGGCAUUGUUAUUCACGUAUUAGCAGAAAAAGCUGGGAGAUGCUCACCAGGGAAAGCCUGGGCUCUUGUAUGAAAAAAAGAGGGUUCGCUGAAGGAUGAGGCCGAGGUCAGUGCCAAAAGGAGUUCAGCAUUACCCAGCCACAGCACAACGCUGCAAACAGGUCACAGUCACUAUCGGAGUUCAGUGGGCCCAGAUUGAAAAUGUUAUUUAGUAAGCAUAGGUUUUAAUUGAGAAUUCUCUUUGAGUAGACAUAAUCACAAAGUGCAUUAACAAUUGUUGGAAUAUUUUGUGGCUAUUCCAAAGUAUUGAGUGCCUAAAUUUUUUUUGUGUUGAAAAUGUCUUUCGUGACUGAUGUUAAGUUUUCUGAAUAGAUACAUGGCUUUUGAAAUUUCUAAACCACCCAAGCUAUCUGGGGUAUUAGGUUCUCAUCCUUCAAUGCAUGAGAAGCCACCAACCUCAGAAUAUUCUGUGUUAACUGUAGCCGCAAGAACUCCUCAGGCAGGUAGGAUCAAAUGAAGUCCAAAUAAAACUUGAAAAAUGCACCUUAAAAAUAAUAUAUAUAUAUAUACACACACACUAUAAUACUUUUGCAAUGUGAUUCUGCUUGAUUUUGAUGGAAUGGCCAUUAAAUAUGCAAUUUGAAAAACAUUGUUUUAUUUCUUUAUAUGCUGUCCUUUUAAAUCAUGCUAUUAAAAGCCUGUUGAUAAAGGACUUGUGCUGCUUGAUACUUGUCACUAGUUUCAGCGUUGGGGAACAUCCAGCCCGCAGGCCCUAGAAGGCCCAUGAAAUCAAUUGGUGGGCCCUGCCAAGCAAUCAGAGCAGGACUCAACAUUCAGUAAAUCUCUCGCAGGCUAGUUUUUAAGUUGAUGAGGUUGUAUGGCCCACGAGUGACAUCAUAGAUAUCCAAAUGGGCCUUGGCAGAUAAAGUCUUCCCACCCCUGAGAACUCCAGGCUUGUUGAUCAUUGGCCCUGUCCUUGGCUACUUGACUAGUGAAUAGUCACCCUGCCAGAAACAUCGUUUUGCAUCCAGACUUCCCAUCUGAGCAGAAGUGAAGAUGGCGAUUUGGAAAAGGAGUAGUUCUCGGGUAGCCACAUGUGUUGUUUUGGCUUCAUCACUUGAGCCAGUUAAGUAUAAUAAUGCUAUUGAUCAUUGAAGGCAGCACAAGAGGGGAGUAAACCAGGAAAACUAAAACUGCUGAGUGUUUGUAUGUAUAAGAUGUUUCCAAAGAUUCUCAAUAAAUGUAGUUGCCUAUGGAGC